ACCAAUUUUGUACCUUUGUCAUCUGAUCAUUAGGGCCUAUGUACCAUUUGGGACCUCACCAACUCUGACAUAGGCCAAGGCCUACAGUUCUAGCUAACAGGCCUGCCACAGAUUACAUCAUAAAGUCGCUUAGUUUCUGUAUUAUAUGAUAAACUGAGCUUCUCAUAACUGUUAAGAUUUUUCUACGUUCGACAACAUAUUAUGAAGUACGUAAAUUUUCCAACGCCGAAAUCCAACACGUGCCAUGCUAUUAAUGAAAUGGGCGUGGGCGUGUGCACACGUGGAACGGAAGUUUUUGAAAGUGUAGCUCUCUAGUGUUAGGAGGAAAGGAAACACGUAAAUAUGACAACAAGGAAAGGCGGAUUGUGAAGCAUUAUUUUUGAUAUUUUAUUGACUAGUCGACUGUAUGUAGCUGAUGUCGACCAGUGAGUGCUGGUUUUGUUCAACCUAAGAUUAUAACUACACCAUUGCUUAGAACAGCAAUUGCCCCAGAAAGCUUACAUAAUCUAAAGAGAAACUCACGUCAUUCGGCCAUCCCAAACAAGCGUCGUCAAUGUUGACUAGCUCUGCACAAAAAUAGCUCUUUGUCAUACUGUCUGUUUAUAUACAAGUAUUUAACGUGGCUGUUGUUUAUACAGAAGUAUUUAACGUGGCUGUUGUGAGCCCGACAGUGACUUAAACGGCAGAGGAGAAGUCAUGACUGACGAGAAAAGUAAAAACGCCAAUCAGGUUUUACUGGACCCAUACAGAUACAUUUGUCAAAUUCCAGGAAAGCAAAUCAGGACACAGCUGGCAAAAGCAUUUAACUAUUGGUUGAAGAUACCAGAUGAUAAAAUACAGAUCAUAUCUGAAGCUACCCAAAUGCUUCACAAUGCUAGUUUGUUAAUAGAUGAUAUAGAAGACAAUUCUCAACUCAGACGUGGUAUUCCAGUUGCUCACAAUAUAUUUGGGGUGGCCCACACAAUCAACUCAGCUAAUUAUGUGUACUUCCUGGGAUUACAAAAGAUACUCACAUUAGGCAUUCCAGAGGCUACUCCGGUGUUUACAGAACAUAUAUUAGAACUUCAUCAAGGUCAGGGUAUGGAUAUCUAUUGGAGAGAUGCAUUUGUUUGUCCCUCAGAAGAUGACUACAAAGACAUGGUGAAAAAAAAAACUGGGGGCCUGUUUGGUUUAGCUGUCAGUCUAAUGCAACUGUUUAGCGAAAAUAAAAGUAACUUCAAGCCACUGAUUGAUGCUUUAGGACUAUUUUUCCAGAUCAGGGAUGACUAUGCUAACUUAAGUUCCAAGGAGUAUGAAGCUAACAAGAGUUACUGUGAAGAUCUCACUGAGGGAAAGUUUUCCUUCCCCAUCAUCCAUGCUAUCCGUGCCAAACCAGAGGACUCCCAGGUUAUGAGUAUACUCCGUCAACGAACCACCGAUAAUGCCGUGAAGAAGUAUUGUGUUGAUUACCUGGAAAAUAUUGGGUCCUUUGAAUAUACAAAGGGUGUGUUAAUACAGUAUGAAGAACUGUGCGUUAAGUUGAUAGAAGAACAGGGAGGAAAUCCUCAUCUCAUGGGACUGAUUAACGACUUGAAGAAAAUGUACAGGAAUGGACACUCCUAGUAGUAGAUGUCAUUGAAAGACUCAUGAAUGGAUUCAUUUCUUCACUGUUGUGUGUUCAUUUGACUGAAGUUUUACCCUUUAUGUGCACUUUCCAGUCUGAUUUUAAUAUGUGCAAUGUUCAACCUCAUUCAAUCAAUCAAUCAUCACAUGUGUAAUUUACAUAAAAUGAAUAAGAGAGCUGAGUUUUCAUUCUUACUUGCUAAGGUGCUGGUGAUGUGCAUUUCUGGUCAUUCUAAUAUGGGUCAUAUUGCUGUCAUGUGUUUGUCUAAGCAGUAUUAAGAGUAGAUGUUGGCCAGCUGAUGAAAUCAUGAUUUUAACUGCUAAUGAUAUCAUGAUUUUAAAUGCUGAAAAAAUGAUUUUAAGUGGUGACGUACAUUGCUCCCAAUAAAUGGGGAAUGUGCAAAUGGUAAUUCAUGGAAUCUUAUAAUACCUGAUACUGUAAUUGACGUUUGUAGUCUGAGAGCUAUAAGUUCCAUAGUCUUGUUUUAUGCACUGUCAUGAAGAAACACCAAGAAAAAAAAGCUCAAAAUAACAUUGCUCCCGUUCUUUCUAUUUUUUCUCUUCUCACAGUUGUAAUGAGAGGCUGGUUGUUGAUUCAUAAAUGAUUUCUUCAAGAGAUUAUCCGGAAUUGCAUACUGAUUGGCCUGGGUGGGUUUUUUUUUUUUGUGUACCAACCAUGCUGAAUUUUACACGAUUGAUUUCAUAUAGACUGGCUCAAGUCCAGUUUUAGUGACCACUUUUCAUCAUACAUGCUGGCUUUUUAGACAUCACUGGGUUUUACCUUGGUAUAAAUGCAUUCUACAGUUUGGUCAUUUUCUGCUAGCUGGUAGCUCACCUCACUAUUCUGUGUAAAAAUGGGUAUAAAUAAAAAAAUUAAAAAAUAAAAGUAACCAUUUCAUCAAUAAUCCUUCAUGAAUGUCACAUUUUACUGUCCUAAUCAUAUCCUAUGCCUUAUAACUUUUAUGGUUUGGGACCCUGUUAGAUAAAAAAAAAAAAACAUUUGUUGUGCGAAUGGAAGUCCAGUGGAAAGGCAUGUAUUAAAUUAUCUCCCCCUUCAUCAGCUUAAGGAUUUCUUUUAAUAUCUAUAUUUAUGUACAUGUAUAUUUAAUAAAACUAUAUGCUUGUC